CGUUCGUCAUGAGGACUUCUAGUUGAGGAAGGGAAUCCAAUAAGGAAGAAAUCACACGAUGCCUGAAGCUAAGCACAUGAAUCAUGAAGAAUUCUUCGAACAGCUCGCAGUGCUACUUAAGAGUUGUCAGGCCAAUGGUCACGGAACUGUGCUACUCAGCCAGAAACGCCUUACGUAUGACCAGCGCCCCCCAAAUAUUCUACCAAAGGAAGGAGAGAUAGCCGGUAACUCACUUUGGGACCUUAAUUGCUUGAAUCCAUUACCCCUCAUCAUCAGGGCAAGCAAUGCAGCAUCUCCUGAGAAGAGAAAAGCGGGACAGAAAACGAAGAUUAGCACGAUCGUAAAGCCUGAUCAGCUGGAAGCGUUCUACUUUAGAUACGCUGAUAUCUGCAAAAAGAAUAUGGAAGGCUUGCGGAAGAGAGACAGAAGCAAAAAGAAAAAGGAAAAGAAGAAGAUUAAGAAGGAAGGAGAGACUGGCUAAGGCUCUUUUUUCUUCUAGUGAAAGUACGUGGCUAAACUCUAGGAAUCAUGAGGCGAACAGGUCAUGAAUAAGCUGGGAAGAUCGAUGAUUUAUGAAAAAAGUGAAUUUCUCUGCUUAAGUAGAUUUGCACAGGAGUUCGGGAAGACGACUGCAAGAUGUCGAAAUCGCUGUUACACACGUUCGCCUGAGAAGCUUAUAUGCCUCUGCAUUGAAAAAUGGAAGCAUAUGAUUUUGAUCCGUACCAGCGAUAUCUUGCUUUUUAUUUCACAUGUGUAAAGCAGGCGGUUCACGCAUAAGUUGUUCGUCUUUGCCCAUAUAGCCCGUCCUUGUGUGAAGGUGCCUUUGAAGUGAU